UUAGUAAAUGACCCACUUGGGAGGAAUUAACCCUGAACGAUGUAAGAAAGGAAGAACAGAGCAGCCAGCUUCACAACAUCUGGCUGACCAGGAAGGAAUGCAUCAGGGCAAGCUGGGCUAUCUGCCUCUCUCAGCUGCCUGCUCUCUGAGUCAGCAAAAGCUGAAUUUUCCAGACAGCCAUCCAUAAUACACAGGCUUCGUGUUCAUUUCCCCCCAUUGACCUUGACAAGGGGAUGGGCGGGAAGCAAAGUGGACAGCGACCAUAGCGCUCUGACAGCUCACAAUCUCACAGUCCUCUGCCGGGGAUCUCCAAUACAUCAAGUUCUCCAAGGAGAGAGCAGGCAAUAGAAGGCUGGUCAGCCUCUCUUGGUUUGAGGACCUUUCCAACCAUGGCACGCUGCUCCACCAUGGAAUGCUGCCCCACCAUAGCUCUGCUCCUUUCCCCACUCUUGUUCCUGGUUCAAGGCUUGCUCCAGGCAGAAGAUCUUAUCAUUGAGCCAUGUAGGAUCAUGGGGAUCACCCUCAUUGGCAAAGGGAAAGGGCCAGAAUUUAAUUUCACUGAAGCCAGAGAUGCCUGCAGCACGUUGGGUCUCCAGCUGGCCAGUAAAGCUCAAGUGACGACUGCCCGCAACUUUGGCUUUGAGACCUGCAGUUUCGGGUGGGUCUCUGACAAGUACGUGGUCAUCUCCCGCAUUUUCCCCAAUCCCAAGUGUGGUCGAAACAAAACAGGUGUCCUGGAAUGGAAACUGCCCCUCCACCAGAAGCAGUAUGCGCACUGUUACAACUCCUCAGAUAUAUGGAUUAAUUCAUGCAAGCCUGAUACUGUCACCGCUGAAGAUACAGUCACUCCACUGACUGUAUCGGCCACAACUGAAUUUAAUAUCAGUGACCUAGCUGGUACAGCAACACCAUCUCCAGCCCCACCGCCUAACCCAGCACGGCAAAGAUGGAGCAAAAAAUUAAUUUGUGUGACAGAACUGUAUUUUGAAACAAGCACUAUGGAACCGAGUACUGUGCCAGAAGCCAUACCAACUUUUGAAAGCCAAGUUGCAUUUAAGAAUGAAGGUGUUACUUUUGGAGGCUUACCUAUCACACUCUUGGUUCUUGCUCUGAUAUUCUUCAUUGCUGCGGUUGUGCUGGCUGUCUGCUAUGUGAAAAGGUACAUGACCUCCUUCCCAUUGACAAAUAGGAAUCAUAAAGAAAACAUGGAGGCCAAAGGAGGAAAAGCAGCAAAGGCAGAGGACAAAGUUUCUAAGGAGGAACCAAAGAAAAAUGAGAAAAAGGCAGAAGAACCCAAGAUGACGCCCAAGAUGACGCCCAAGAUGACACCCAAGAUGACGCCCAAGAUGACAGUCAAGUACAUGGAGGCUGAGGUUUAGGGGGUCAGAGGGACAGCAGAAGACACACCUGGGAUCUCUUUACUCUGCUCCAGGACCUGGAGGCCAAGGAUACCUCGUAACCGGAAAAAGCUCCUUGUAUUUCCCCACUAGAAGAAACUGCCAGACCCAAUGGAUCCAAUCAGGAAAGCCCAUAAUCAAUCCCUGACCAGAGGACUCAGGGUUCCCUGGGGUUUGGGGAGCUCAUUCAGAUGACUUCCCUAUUCCUUCCUGCCACCUGCCCAUUCCUGGGCCCCAGCCUAUAGACCCAAAGCUCCUAUUCCCUAAUAAAAUCCAGGUGAGAGAAAGUGGAUCUGUCCGGCCCGAUCUCUUAGGAACAUUCCCUGUACAUUUUUGUUAGGAAACCUUUUAGUGGCCUGGGAAGAGACCAUCUAUGACUGAAGAGUCCAUAAGGCCCAGUGCUGUCUUCCUUGUUACCCUAUCAAAGAGCAAGGCUUCCUACAGCCCUGUACUGACCUUCUGAGCUUAGAUAUCUUAGGCAGGGGAAUGAAUAGGAAAAGGGUCAAUGUGGUGGGGAGUGGGGGGCAGAGAGGCCAGUGGACCUCCAUGUGACAUGGAGCUAAAAGAAAAAAGGGAAACAUAUGUGAACAGCACAUCAUCUCAUGAAGUCUUAGACAUGGAAUGAAUCUUUAGACCUUCUAGGCCAGUUUUGUGUCUUGGGCUCCUUCGGCAAUCUAGUGAAGCCCAUGGGCCCCUUUCCAGAAUCAUGUCUUUAAACACAUUAAAUAAAUAGGAUUCCAAAGAAAACCAA